AUUAAAUCCUAUUCUAUACAAUGGGCAGCAAGAAUGACAUGCAGACAGACAUUCUCGAUUUAUUUCGAGAUAAAAAGUUAGUGAAAAUAUGCGCGCCCAUGGUACGAUACAGCAAAUUACAGUUUAGAAACCUUGUUAAACUGUAUAACUGUGAUUUAACAUUUACUCCUAUGAUUUUAGCAGAUUCUUUUUGCCAGAGUGCAAAAGCCAGGCGUAAUGAAUUUACCACAAAUUCUUUAGACACUCCUGUUGUUAUACAAUUUGCAUCAAAUACUGUGUAUGAUUUUGUAGGUGCAGCAUAUUUAGCUUCACCACAUUGUAACGGAGUAGAUUUGAAUUGUGGUUGUCCACAGAGAUGGGCAAGAGAGCAAGAAUUGGGUUGUGAAAUGUUAAAGAAACCAGAAUUAAUUUAUGAUAUGGUUCGCCAAUGCAGAAAUCAUAUUUUGAAACCUUUCACUGUAAGUGUAAAAAUGCGACUGCUAUAUGAUGAAAAACAAACUGUUAAUAUUUGUAAACAAUUAGAAAUGUGUGGUAUUAGUUUUUUAACUAUUCAUGCUCGUACUCCUUACCAAAAUGUAGGAGAUAUUAACAAAGACACUUUAAAGUUAAUAAAUGAUACUUGUUCUUUACCUGUGAUAGCUAAUGGAGGUGUGACAACAUUAGAUGAUUGUUAUAAAUUACAAGAUUAUACAGGAUGUAAGGGUGUAAUGGUUGCAAAUGGUAUCCUGACUAAUCCUACAAUCUUUGCCGGAAACUUAGAAACAACUCUGGAUUGUAUACAAAACUGGUUAGAUAUUUGUUAUAAUAGUACUUUGACGAUGGAUCAAUAUCUUAAGGAAAGCAACAAGCCUAGUCAAAUGAUUCAAGAAAAGCCAUAUAAUUUAAUAUAUCAGUGCUUCCAUCACCAUUUAGUGUUUAUGUUGGAGAGGAUAUUGCCAAGGAAGCAGAAAAGAUACUUCAAUAAUUUAAAGACUUUUAAAAGUGCUCUAGAAUUUUUAGAUGAUUAUUUUCAUUUAAAACCUAGAUUAUUUGAACUUGACAAAUAUUUACAAUACACAAAUUGUAAUGUAGAUUAUUCAGGUAGGGAAUUAUUAUAUCAAGAUUUAAAGCCAGCUAAUUUGGCUACAAAUGAAGAAUUUAACCUAUAUAAUUCAGAAAACACAGCUGGACAGUAUUUUACAUCAAAAACUAACACUGAUAGUUGUGAUUGGUCAGACAUAUUUCUUGAAAAUGGUUAAUGUAUAAUUUAAUUUUGGUUUAGAAUGAAAUAAAACAAUUGUAUUAUAUAACAAUGGUUAUAAAAAAGAAGAGAUAUAUUCUGUCAGUUUGUAUAUAAGAUUUCUGGUAACUGAUCCAGCGGCUGCUGAAAGUAAAAUAAUAUAUUG